UAUAAAUAUAAUAGUACACUCGUGUAAAGAAAUUUGAGCGUAAAUAGCACGGGGGGAGGGGGUAUGAAAGUCCAAGGAUGGUUUCCGUAGCACACGAGGGUAUUUUCGUAAUUCCAAGCCAUGGCCCCUUCCUCUUUAAUUCCUCUCGCCUGCACUCAAGGCCUUUCUCGAACCCCAAAACGCUGCGUGGAGAGAGAGAGAGAUUGAGGGAUGUCGGUCUCCGACGCCGUGAUCAGGAACCUGACGGCGAUCUACGUGGCAGUGAUUGCCGGAAUCAAAGCGUACGGACUUCUCAUCGGCCGCAAUUUCGGUGCCGUGUCGGUGCUCGCGGCGUCGACGUUGGUCGUCGGCGCUGUCUUGGUCGGAACGCUGACAUGGGACAUCUGCAGGAAGGCAAACAAGGCGGCGGCUGCGGCGGAAGAUCGCCGGAGAUUUAGCCGGAGAGUUGAGGAGAUGUGUAAAGGAGGGAUCUGUUGGCACGGCGUCGCCGUUAAGUCGCCGGCGUCUCAUGUCCGGUUUAGGCUAACACAUCCGAUUCCGUACGGUUCGAUGUAAAUAACAAUAAAAUCAGUUUAAACAAUUUAACGGAAAAUCAUAGAGAGGAACUAAGGGGAGAGACAAAUACAUGGAUAAAAAUUGAGCAAAAUUGUUUUCUUGUUUGUUUUGUCGGUUUCCUUUCUCUUUGAGCAUUAACAACUAAAUGGCGUUAUGGCCUUUUUUUUCCAGAAUUUUUGUAUUUUAGUGAGAUGUUUGGAUAAAGUCACAUAAAAUAAAAUAGUGAGGUAUAGAGUUUGCUGUCUGUAACCUUAUAAAUU